AUGCUCUGCUCUAAUGCAGAUUGCCCUCUUGAAUGCUUGGAACAAAGUACGGACUACUCGGUGGUUAGCAAAGCUUCAGCUGUGGCCACUACCACCUCAGCACCACCCACUGUGUUGCCACCCAUACGCAGUUUCAAAGGACGCAUCCAGACUACAACACCCUUGCCGAGAACUUCCACGGGCAGCCGUCCUUCCACUCAGCAGGAACUGGGUUCAGUCUCCUCCAAGUCGUAUAUCUCAGGACCCACCACACAGUCCUCAAAGCUAUCGAAGAGAGCUGGCCUAGCAGGGCCUAAGAAAUUUCCAAAGGAUGUUCGCAAUCGCAGCAGCAGUGCUGUGGAACGUAAUAAGCUGCAACAUGAAGUGCCUGAUCAUGUCCCUGACUCCUCUGGCUAUAUACCCCAUCGUAUUGGGCAUCCAGUCCAUCUGGAUUAUGGUUCUACGGGUGUGGACUCGAGUGGCGCCCCCACAGGAAGUGGAGCCUAUCACGCAGUUCCCUAUGAAGGCAACAAAUGGCAUGAGGAGUACUGGGAUCAGGAAUAUGCUGGACAUCCGUAUCAACACAACAGUACUCGAGUGCAGCACAUCGAAGCUGAGUGUCAAGAUGAUUAUAUGAAAAUUCGCAUUGGAUUCAAUGGCUCCUUCAAUGGCUUACUCUACUCAGCUGGUUAUGCCUAUGAUCCUGACUGCAUGUAUAUAAAUGGAUCUGGCAGGGACUAUUACGAGUUCUACAUUCAAUUAAAUCGUUGCGGAACUUUGGGAAAAAACUCGCUUCAAGAGGAGAGUCGAAAGAAUCCCACAAAUUUUAUGUGGAAUACAGUCACUGUGCAAUAUAAUCCACUAAUUGAAGAAGAGUAUGAUGAACAUUUCAAGGUCACCUGCGAAUAUGGCUAUGAUUUCUGGAAGACAGUGACGUUUCCCUUUUUAGAUGUAGAAGUGGCCACUGGCAAUCCUGUGGUUUUCACCUUGAGUCCACCAGAGUGUUAUAUGGAAAUUCAGAAUGGUUAUGGUAUUGGAGGACCUCGAGUUACAGGACCUGUGCGUGUGGGCGAUCCUUUAACCUUGAUUAUAUAUAUGAGGAGCAAAUAUGAUGGCUUCGAUAUUGUGGUUAAUGACUGCUACGCCCACAAUGGCGCCAACAAGCGGAUACAGCUGAUCGAUCAACACGGUUGUCCGGUGGACGACAAGCUCAUCUCACGCUUCAGGGGCAGCUGGUCGGAUUCCGGGGUGUACGAGACCCAAGUGUAUGCCUACAUGAAAACCUUCCGGUUCACUGGAUCUCCAGCACUUUACAUAGAGUGUGAUGUUCGCAUGUGCCACGGUCGAUGUCCAAGCCAACCCUGUCACUGGCGAAACCUAAAGGCAGUCACAAAGCGCGACAUCUCGAAUAGGACGGCCACGAACCUCUCCCUGCCACCGCUUUCUUCCACAGACAGUGAGGGCGUCACCACUGAGAGUCCUGGCCAGAACUCUCUAUCAGAAAACGUGAAUCUUUUCCAGUCGCUGCGUGUCCUUCAGGAGGGCGAAAAUGAUGGAGACGAUGUCUAUGCUCAUCGACAGACAAAGUCACUGGCACCGCACCAAACUUGCCUCAAGACUUCGACCUUCUCGGCCCUGACGGCAGGAUGUUCAGCGCUGCUUUGUAUCCUGACAGUGACGUUAUUCGUCGCCUGCUCGAGACUAAAGCGCCGCAAGGAGUCGUCGCUCUAUGACUCCUAUAUAGCACACAAGGGCCAAAUAGAUUGA